AUGCCUCCGUCGCGCCAUAUCGCUUCGUCCUCGAGGCAGCGCUCAGAAGAAUCAUGGAUCGAUCUCGCAUCGGCGCCUUCUUCAACCUCCCUAUCGUCUGCGACCGACGAGAUCAUCACAACAGGACUCACGGUACAGCACGACUCCAACGCGCACAGGCGGCAGAACAGACGCUCACGAGGUGGCGGUCAGUUCUCCAUAGGAACUGGGCACAGGGUCACGGCAGGAGGCAAUAGUAGCCAGGAGGAGUAUGAAGAGAGUGAAAGCGAGUCGGAUAGGGUCAUGACAUCUUCCAACGAGGCCAUCGGCCCAUCACCCCUGAGACAUCCACAGUCUGUUGCGUCUUCAGAGACUAUGUCUGAGAGGGAGGAUGACGACGACGAUGAGAACGCGACGGCCGUCAACUAUCCACGUUCCUCGAGGCGAGAGUUUCAGCCACGACCGAACGCCUUUUCCCACCCGAACAACCAACAAGCCAUCCGAUCGCAGUCUGGCACUUUGUACACGCCUCGCAGGAACGUGAGGCCAGCAGGACAACGACAGCACUCGUACCCACAGCACCAUCCUUAUAAUGCCAUCGCCCCCAAUUAUCAGCCCGAUCAUGACGAGGCCCUCCGUGCUAGCCUGUCUACUUUGCUCUCCGCUGCCGCUGCUGUGCGAGGUCUCCCGAAGCCGGGUCAACCACGCACGAACCCUCCCUCAUCCACUCGGGUUGAUCCGAACUCCCUCCGCAUGGUCCCAGAAUCUGUAGCGCUGGGCAACAUAUCCGAGGAGACGGCAUCAUCUCCAUGCAGUACUAGCAGCAGUCCUUCAGAGAAGCCUAAGCGCAAAGUGAGUCCGCCAGUAGCUGGUGUGCGUAGCAGUAGCAAAGACCGCCGCAUUGCCAAGAAAGCACGCAAGACAAGCCCGAUGAUGAUCGAGGAGAUCAGUCCGACCCUGCUUACCUGGGUUGUUAGCGCUGGCGUCGUGGUCCUUGUCAGUGCCAUCGGCUUCUCGGCUGGUUAUGUCGUGGGCAAGGAGGCAGGCCAUGCUGAGGCUAUGGGUCAGAUCGGUGCAGCAGGUUCCGAGGCCGGACGCUGUGGUAAAGAAGCAGCUGCAGGCAUCAAAGGCACUGGCCUAGGUCUGCGGAAGCUACGAUGGGGUUCUGGAGCGGGCAUUCGCGUCUAA